AUGAGCUCGUCGCUCCUCUCGCCUCUUUUCCGGCGACAGUUAUUCACAUCCCUUCACAAAGUUCCCACCAGACGAGCCUUCCAGAGUACCCCCUCCAUCAUGAGUGAGAAACUGAAGCCCGCGGCCCGUGUCGCUGGUAGGAGGCAGGAUGUUUGGUCCAUCAUCAACGAAGCAGCCUCCGCCUCCCCCAUCCAGCCCAUCGUCAACAUGGGCCAAGGCUUCUUUGGCUACAACCCCCCAGACUUCAUUCUCUCAGCUGCCAAAUCCGCCCUGGACCGCGUAGAAUGCAACCAGUACUCCCCCACAAAGGGCAGACCACGCCUCCUCAAAGCCCUCGCCGACGCAUACUCCCCCUUCUGGGGCCGUCAACUAGACCCCAACACAGAAAUCACCGUCACUACCGGCGCCAACGAGGGCAUGCUCUCCGCCUUCAUGGCCUUCAUCGAGCCCGGCGACGAAGUCAUCGUCUUUGAACCCUUCUUCGACCAGUACAUCUCCAACAUUGAAAUGCCCGGCGGAAAAAUCGUCUACGUGCCCAUGCACCCACCAAAAGAAGGCGCCGUCAAAACCCUCUCGGCAGGGGAGUGGACAGUCGACUUUGACGAGCUCGAAAAAGCCAUCACGCCCAGGACGAAAAUGAUUGUGCUCAACACACCCCACAACCCGGUAGGCAAAGUCUUUUCCCGGUCCGAGCUCGAAAAAAUCGCCGAGCUGUGUCUCAAGAACCAAAUCAUCAUCUUGUCGGAUGAAGUCUACGAUAGGCUUUACUACACCGACUUUACCCGCAUCGCGACUCUUUCCCCUGAGGUUGAGAAGAUUACCAUUACUGUUGGGUCGGCAGGCAAGAACUUUUAUGCCACUGGCUGGCGGGUGGGCUGGUUGAUUGGCCCUCCCGAGCUGAUCCAAUACGUCUCUGCCGCUCACACGAGAAUCUGCUACUCUUCCGUCUCCCCGCUUCAAGAAGCCUGCGCUAUCGGGUUUGAGGAGGCGGAUGGGCACGGCUUUUGGGAGCAGUGUAUUGCUGACAUGACGGCCAAGAUGGAGAGGUUUACUGCGGUGUUUGAUGAGUUGGGGAUUCCGUACAGUAAGCCCGAGGGGGGGUAUUUUGUCAUGGCGAAUUUUAACAAGGUGCAACUUCCUGAGGGGUACGAGUUUCCGAAGCAUGUCGAGGAGAGGCCGAGGGAUUUUAAGCUGGCAUGGUUUUUGAUUCAGGAGUUGGGGGUGGCGGCUAUUCCGCCGAGUGAGUUUUACACGGAUGAGAAUGCCGGGAUUGUGGAGGAUUAUUUGAGGUUUGCGGUUUGUAAGCCUGAUAAUGUUUUGGAGGAUGCGAAGGAGAGACUUAGGGGGCUGAAGAAGUACCUGAAGAAGUGA